GUUCCUUGCAUCUUUAGUGGUGACCAGAUUGGAAUGUUAGAUCCGCAUCAAACACUUUUUGGUCCACAUGAAUCAGGGCAAUGUUGGAAUCUCAAAGAUGACAGCAAAGAAAUUAGUGAACUUUCGGACCAAUUUGCACCAUUUAUUGGCAUUUUUGGAAGCACCAAGGGAACAUUUAUAGAUGGCAAUUUUCCAGGAACAUUUUUCCGUUUUCCUCUUCGCCUGCAACCUUCCCAGCUUAGUAACAACCUCUACAAUAAGCAGAAAGUUCUUGAGUUGUUUGAAUCUUUUAGGGCAGAUGCAGACACUGUGCUGCUCUUUCUGAAAAGCGUGCAGGAUGUCUCCUUACAUGUUCGAGAGGCUGAUGGAACAGAGAAACUGGUGUUUAGAGUGACUGCAAGUGAGAAUAAAGCCCUGAAACAUGAACGGCCAAAUUCUAUAAAAAUUCUGGGAACUGCUAUAAGUAACUAUUGUAAAAAGAUUCCAAGCAAUAGCAUCACUUGUGUAACAUAUCAUAUAAAUAUAGCUUUAGAAGAUGAGAGUACUAAGGAUAUACAAAAGACUUCUUGGCUGGUGUGUAACAGUGUAGGUGGGCGAGGGAUUAGUAGUGAACUUGACUCUCUAGCUGAUGAAUUGAAAUUUGUCCCAAUCAUUGGAAUAGCAAUGCCUUUAUCAAGCAGAGAUGAUGAAGAAAAAGGAGCAGUAUCUCAUUUCUCAGGAAAAGCAUUUUGUUUCCUUCCUUUACCACCUGGUGAGGAAAGCAGAACGGGACUCCCUGUUCACAUCAGUGGGUUCUUUGGCCUGACGGACAACCGCAGGAGCAUAAAAUGGAGAGAGCUGGACCAGUGGAGAGACCCGGCUGCGUUAUGGAAUGAGUUUCUUGUUGUGAAUGUUGUCCCAAAAGCUUAUGCUACUCUGAUCCUAGAUUCAAUAAAACGUAUGGAGACAGAAAAGAGCUCCGAUUUCCCCUUGUCGGUUGACGUCAUCUACAAGCUCUGGCCUGAUGCGAGCAAAGUCAAGGUGCACUGGCAGCUGGUGUUGGAGCCUCUGUUUCAUGAGCUGUUCCAGAAUGCAGUGAUUUAUUCAGUUAGCAAUGACUGGGUCAAGUUGGAGCAGGCAUACUUCUCAGAACUUGAUGAAAGUUUGGAAUACACAAAAACUGUGCUCAACUACCUCCAGAGCUCAGGGAAGCAGAUCGCCAAAGUACCAGCAAAUCUGGCUGCUGCUAUUCAGCUCACUGCUGCUUCCAGUGCAACGCCUGUGAGGAAGGUGACGCCCGUGUGGGUGCGGCAGGUGCUGAGGAAGUGCACACACCUGGGCAGUGCUGAAGAAAAGCUUCACCUUUUAGAAUUCGUGCUUUCCGACCAGGCCUACAGUGAGCUGCUUGGGCUGGAGCUGCUACCCUUACAAAAUGGACAUUUUGUCCCCUUCUCCUCAUCGGUAUCAGAUCAAGAUGUUAUUUAUAUUACCUCAGAAGAUUACCCAAGGUCCCUUUUUCCAGGUCUUGAAGGAAGAUUUAUUUUGGAUAACUUGAAGCCUCACCUUCUAGCUGCUUUAAAGGAAGCUGCCCAAACCCGAGGAAGACCAUGUACUCAGCUGCAGCUUCUAAAUCCGGAACGAUUUGCACGUCUUAUCAAAGAAGUAGUGAACACAUUCUGGCCUGGCAGAGAGUUGAUCGUUCAGUGGUAUCCAUUUGAUGAAGACAGAAAUCACCCAUCUGUUUCAUGGCUUAAGAUGGUUUGGAAGAAUCUCUAUAUACAUUUUUCAGAGGAUUUGACUUUAUUUGAUGAGAUGCCACUUAUCCCCAGAACUACAUUAGAGGAAGGUCAGACAUGUGUGGAACUCAUUAGACUCAGGAUUCCAUCAUUAGUCAUUUUAGAUGAUGAAUCUGAAGUACAGCUUCCAGAAUUUUUAGGAGACAUUGUACAAAAACUUGGUGGGAUUGUCCUUAAAAAAUUGGAUGCCUCUAUACAACAUCCCGUUAUUAAAAAAUACAUUCAUUCGCCAUUACCAAGUGCUGUUUUGCAGAUAAUGGAGAAGAUGCCAUUGCAAAAAUUGUGUAAUCAAAUAGCUUCGCUACUUCCAACACACAGAGAUGCUUUGAGGAAGUUCUUGGCUAGUUUAACUGAUACUAGUGAAAGAGAGAAAAGAAUAAUUCAAGAACUGAUGAUAUUCAAACGAAUUAAUCAUUCAUCUGGCCAGGGAAUUUCCUCUUAUACAAAACUGAAAGGUUGUAAAGUCUUGCACCAUACCGCCAAACUUCCACCAGAUCUGCGACUUUCUAUUUCAAUAAUAGACAGUAGUGAUGAAGCUACUAUUCGCUUGGCAAAUAUGUUGAAAAUAGAGACGUUAAAGACUACUAGCUGCUUAAAGCUUGUUUUAAAAGAUAUUGAAAAUGCCUUUUAUUCACCUGAAGAGGUAACACACCUUAUGUUAUGGAUUCUUCAGAAUCUUUCCUCUCUUAAAAAUGAGAAUCCGAAUAUGCUUGAUUGGUUAAUGCCAUUAAAAUUUAUUCAGAUUUCACAGGAACAGAUGGUAUCAGCUAGCGAACUCUUUGAUCCUGAUAUAGAAGUACUAAAGGAUCUCUUUUAUAAUGAAGAAGAAACCUGUUUUCCACCCCCAGUUUUUACCUCACCAGAUAUUCUUCACUCUUUAAGACAGAUUGGUUUAAAAAACGAAGCCAGUCUCAAAGAGAAAGAUGUUGUGCAAGUGACAAAAAAAAUUGAAGCCUUACAGGUCAGUUCUUGUCCGAAUCGGGAUGUUCUGAAGAAAGCAAAAACACUCUUACUGGUUUUAAAUAAGAAUCACACGCUGUUGCAGUCAUCUGAAGGAAAGAUGACGUUGAAGAAAAUAAAAUGGGUUCCAGCUUGCAAGGAGAGGCCUCCAAAUUAUCCAGGGUCUUUAGUCUGGAAAGGAGAUCUCUGUGAUCUUUGUGCACCACCAGACAUGUGUGAUGUAGCCCAUGCAAUUCUAGUUGGCUCUGCACUUCCUCUUGUUGAAAGUAUCCACGUAAACUUGGAAAAAGCAUUAGGUAUCUUUACAAAACCUAGCAUCAGUGCAGUCUUAAAACACUUUAAAAUUGUUGUUGAUUGGUAUACUUCAAAAACCUUUAGUGAUGAAGACUACUAUCAGUUCCAACAUAUUUUGCUUGAAAUUUAUGGAUUCAUGCAUGAUCAUUUAAAUGAAGGGAAGGAUUCCUUUAGAAGCUUAAAAUUUCCAUGGGUGUGGACUGGCAAAAAAUUUUGUUCCCUUGCCCAAGCUGUGAUUAAACCAAUCCAUGAUCUUGACCUUCAGCCUUAUUUGCAUAAUGUGCCUAAAACCAUGGCAAAAUUCCACCAACUGUUUAAAGUCUGUGGUUCAAUUGAGGAGCUGACAUCAGAUCAUAUUUCCAUGGUCAUUCAGAAGAUAUAUCUCAAAAGUGACCAAGAUCUCAGUGAACAAGACAGCAAACAAAAUCUUCAUCUUAUGUUGAAUAUUAUCAGAUGGCUGUAUAGCAAUCAGAUUCCAGCAAGUCCUAAUACACCAGUUCCUAUACAUCAUAGCAAACAUCCUUCUAAACUUAUCAUGAAGCCAAUUCAUGAAUGCUGUUAUUGUGACAUCAAAGUUGAUGACCUUAAUGACUUACUUGAAGAUUCAGUGGAACCAAUCAUUUUGGUGCAUGAGGACAUACCCAUGAAAACUGCAGAAUGGCUAAAAGUUCCAUGUCUUAGUACAAGAUUGAUCAAUCCUGAAAACAUGGGAUUUGAGCAGUCAGGACAAAGAGAACCACUUACUGUAAGAAUUAAAAACAUUCUGGAAGAAUACCCUUCAGUGUCCGAUAUUUUUAAAGAACUACUUCAAAAUGCUGAUGAUGCAAAUGCAACAGAGUGCAGUUUCAUGAUUGAUAUGAGAAGAAACAUGGACAUAAGAGAGAAUCUCCUAGACCCAGGGAUGGCGGCUUGCCAUGGACCUGCUUUGUGGUCAUUCAACAAUUCUGAAUUCUCAGAUUCCGAUUUUGUGAACAUAACUAGGUUAGGAGAGUCUUUAAAAAGGGGAGAAGUUGACAAAGUUGGAAAAUUUGGUCUGGGAUUUAAUUCUGUGUACCAUAUCACUGACAUUCCCAUCAUUAUGAGUCGAGAAUUCAUGAUAAUGUUUGAUCCAAACAUAAACCAUAUCAGUAAACACAUUAAAGACAAAUCUAAUCCUGGGAUCAAAAUUAAUUGGAGUAAACAACAGAAAAGACUUAGGAAAUUUCCUAAUCAGUUCAAACCAUUUAUAGACAUAUUUGGCUGUCAGUUACCUUUGACUGUAGAAGCACCUUACAGCUACAAUGGAACUCUAUUCCGACUGUCCUUUAGAACUCAACAGGAAGCAAAAGUGAGUGAAGUCAGUAGUACCUGCUAUAAUACAGCAGAUAUUUACUCUCUUGUGGAUGAAUUUAGUCUCUGUGGGCACAGGCUAGUCAUUUUCACCCAGAGUGUAAACUCAAUGUAUUUGAAGUACUUAAAAAUUGAGGAGACCAAUCCCAGCUUAGCACAAGAUACAAUAAUAAUUAAAAAAAAAUCCUGCUCUUCCAAAGCAUUGAAUGCAUCUCUCUUAAGUGUUUUAAAAGAAGCUGCUAAGCUUAUGAAGACUUGCAGUGGCAGUAAUAAAAAGCUUCCUAGUGAUGCACCAAAGUCAUCAUGCAUUCUUCAGAUCACAGUUGAAGAAUUUCACCAUGUGUUCAGAAGGAUUGCUGAUUUACAGUCUCCACUUUUUAGAGGUCCAGAUGAUGACCCAGCUGCUCUCUUUGAAAUGGCUAAGUCUGGCCAAUCAAAAAAGCCAUCAGAUGAAUUGUCACAAAAAACAGUAGAGUGUACCACGUGGCUUAUAUGUACGUGCAUGGAUACAGGAGAGGCUCUAAAGUUUUCCCUGAGUGAAAGUGGAAGAAGACUAGGACUGGUUCCUUGUGGGGCAGUAGGAGUUCUACUCUCUGAAACCCAGGACCAGAAGUGGACUGUGAAACCACACAUGGGAGAGGUGUUUUGCUAUUUACCUUUACGAAUAAAAACAGGCUUGCCCGUUCACAUCAAUGGGUGCUUUGCUGUUACCUCAAAUAGAAAAGAAGUCUGGAAGACAGAUACAAAAGGACGAUGGAAUACCAUAUUCAUGAGACAUGUUAUUGUGAAAGCUUAUUUACAGGCACUCAGUGUCUUACGGGACCUGGCCACUGGUGGGGAGCUAACUGAUUAUACUUACUAUGCAGUGUGGCCUGAUCCUGAUUUAGUUCAUGAUGAUUUUUCUGUAAUUUGUCAAGGAUUUUAUGAAGAUAUAGCUCACGGAAAAGGGAAAGAAUUUACCAGAGUCUUCUCUGAUGGAUCUACUUGGGUUUCCAUGAAGAAUGUGAGAUUUCUAGAUGACUCUAUACUUAAAAGGAAAGAUGUUGGUCCAGCAGCCUUCAAGAUAUUUUUGAAAUACCUCAAGAAGACUGGGUCCAAAAACCUUUGUGCCGUUGAACUUCCUUCUUCAGUAAAAUUAGGAUUUGAAGAAGCUGGCUGCAAAGAGAUACUGCUUGAAAAUACAUUUUCAGAGCAUCAGUUUUUUUCGGAAGUGUUUUUUCCAAAUAUUCAAGAAAUUGAAGCAGAACUUAGAGAUCCUUUAAUGAAUUUUGUUCUAAAUGAAAAAGUUGAUGAGUUCUCAGGAAUUCUUCGUGUUACUCCAUGUAUUCCUUGCUCUUUGGAGGGGCAUCCUUUGGUUUUACCAUCAAGAUUAAUCCACCCUGAAGGACGAGUGGCAAAGUUAUUUGAUACUAAAGAUGGGCGAUUCCCUUAUGGUUCUGCUCAGGAUUAUCUCAAUCCUAUUAUUUUGAUUAAACUAGUUCAGUUAGGUAUGGCAAAAGAUGAUAUUUUAUGGGAUGACAUGCUAGAACGUGCAGAGUCAGUAGCUGAAAUUAAUAAAAGUGACCAUGUUGCUGCAUGUCUAAGAAGUAGUAUCCUAUUAAGUCUUAUUGAUGAGAAACUGAAAAUAAGAGAUCCUAGAGCAAAGGAUUUUGCUGCAAAAUAUCAAACAAUCCCCUUCCUUCCAUUUCUAACAAAACCAGCAGGUUUUUCUUUGGACUGGAAAGGUAACAGUUUUAAGCCUGAAACUAUGUUUGCAGCAACUGACCUUUAUACAGCUGAGCAUCAAGAUAUAGUUUGUCUUUUGCAACCACUUCUAAAUGAAAAUUCCCAUUCCUUUAGAGGCUGUGGUUCAGUGUCAUUGGCUGUUAAAGAGUUUUUGGGAUUACUUAAGAAGCCAACAGUGGAUCUGGUUAUAAACCAAUUGAAAGAAGUUGCAAAAUCAGUUGAUGAUGGAAUUACAUUGUACCAGGAGAAUAUCACCAAUGCUUGCUACAAAUACCUUCAUGAAGCAAUGAUACAAAAUGAAAUUGUUAAGAUAUCAAUUAUUGAAAAGUUAAAACUUUUUAGCUUCAUUCUGGUUGAGAAUGCAUAUGUUGACUCAGAAAAAGUUGCUUUUCAUUUGAAUUUUGAAGCAGCACCAUACCUUUAUCAGUUGCCUAAUAAAUACAAAAAUAAUUUCCGUGAACUUUUUGAAAGCGUGGGUGUGAGACAGUCAUUUACUGUUGAAGACUUCGCUCUUGUUUUGGAAUCUGUUGAUCAAGAAAGAGGAGCAAAACAAAUAACAGAAGAGAAAUUUCAGCUUUGCCGACGAAUAAUCAGUGAAGGAAUAUGGAGUCUCAUUAGAGAAAAGAAACAAGAAUUUUGUGAGAAAAAUUAUGGCAAAAUAUUAUUGCCAGAUACUAAUCUUAUGCUCCUCCCUGCUAAAUCAUUAUGCUACAAUGAUUGUCCCUGGAUAAAAGUAAAAGAUACCACUGUAAAAUAUUGUCAUGCUGAUAUACCCAGAGAAGUAGCUGUAAAACUAGGAGCAGUACCAAAGCGACACAAGGCCUUAGAAAGGUAUGCAUCCAACAUCUGUUUUACAACACUUGGCACAGAAUUUGGACAGAAAGAAAAAUUGACGAGCAGAAUUAAGAGCAUCCUUAAUGCCUAUCCUUCAGAAAAGGAAAUGCUGAAAGAGCUUCUUCAAAAUGCUGAUGAUGCAAAGGCCACAGAAAUCUGUUUUGUGUUUGACCCUAGACAGCAUCCAGUUGAUAGAAUAUUUGAUGAUAAGUGGGCCCCUUUGCAAGGGCCAGCACUCUGUGUGUACAACAACCAACCUUUUACAGAAGACGAUGUUAGAGGAAUUCAGAAUCUUGGAAAAGGCACCAAAGAAGGAAAUCCUUAUAAAACUGGGCAGUAUGGAAUAGGAUUCAAUUCUGUGUAUCAUAUUACAGACUGCCCUUCUUUUAUUUCUGGCAAUGACAUCCUGUGCAUUUUUGACCCUCAUGCCAGAUACGCACCAGGAGCCACAUCCAUUAGUCCUGGACGCAUGUUUAGGGAUUUGGAUGCAGAUUUUAGGACACAGUUUUCAGAUGUUUUGGAUCUUUAUUUGGGAACACACUUUAAACUGGAUAAUUGUACAAUGUUUAGAUUUCCUCUUCGUAAUGCAGAAAUGGCAAAAGUUUCAGAAAUUUCCUCAGUUCCAUCAUCAGACAGAAUGGUGCAGAAUCUUUUGGACAAGUUGCACUCAGAUGGGGCAGAACUUCUAAUGUUUCUUAACCACAUGGAAAAAAUUUCUAUUUGUGAAAUAGAUAAAGCUACUGGAGCUCUAAAUGUGCUGUAUUCAGUAAAGGGCAAAAUCACUGAUGGAGACAGAUUGAAAAGGAAACAGUUUCAUGCAUCUGUAAUUGAUAGUGUUACUAAAAAGAGGCAGCUCAAAGACAUUCCAGUUCAGCAGAUAACCUAUACUGUGGAUACAGAGGACUCCGAAGGAAAUCUUACUACAUGGCUAAUUUGUAAUAGAUCGGGUUUUUCAAGUAUGGACAAAGUAUCUAAGAGUGUUAUAUCAGCUCACAAGAACCAGGAUAUUACACUUUUUCCACGUGGUGGUGUGGCCGCCUGCAUUACUCACAACUAUAAAAAACCCCAUAGAGCCUUCUGUUUUUUGCCUCUUUCUUUGGAGACGGGGUUGCCAUUUCAUGUGAAUGGCCACUUUGCACUGGAUUCAGCCAGAAGAAACCUGUGGCGUGAUGAUAAUGGAGUUGGUGUUCGAAGUGAUUGGAAUAACAGUUUAAUGACAGCAUUAAUAGCUCCUGCAUAUGUCGAAUUACUAAUCCAAUUAAAAAAACGAUAUUUCCCUGGUUCUGACCCAACAUUAUCAGUUUUACAGAACACGCCAAUCCAUGUUGUAAAGGAUACUUUAAAGAAGUUUUUGUCCUUUUUCCCAGUUAACAGGCUUGAUCUACAGCCAGAUUUAUAUUGUCUAGUGAAAGCACUUUAUAGUUGUAUUCAUGAAGACAUGAAACGUCUUUUACCAGUUGUUCGGGCUCCAAAUAUUGAUGGCUCUGAUUUGCACUCUGCAGUGAUAAUUACUUGGAUUAAUAUGUCUACUUCAAGUAAAACUAGACCAUUUUUUGACAAUUUACUACAGGAUGAAUUACAGCACCUUAAAAAUACAGAUUAUAAUAUCACAACACGCAAAACAGUAGCAGAGAAUGUCUACAGACUGAAACACCUACUUUUAGAAAUUGGCUUCAACUUGGUUUAUAACUGCGAUGAAACUGCUAAUCUUUACCACUGCCUUGUCGAUGCAGAUAUUCCUGUUAGUUAUGUGACUCCUGCUGAUGUUAGAUCUUUUUUGAUGACAUUUUCCUCUCCUGACACUAAUUGCCAUAUUGGGAAGCUGCCUUGUCGUCUUCAGCAGACUAACCUAAAACUUUUUCAUAGUUUAAAACUUUUAGUUGAUUAUUGUUUUAAGGAUACAGAAGAAAAUGAGAUUGAAAUUGAGGGUCUGCCCCUUCUCAUUACACUGGACAGUGUUUUGCAAACUUUUGAUGCAAAACGACCCAAGUUUUUAACAACAUACCAUGAAUUGAUUCCAUCCCGCAAAGACUUGUUUAUGAAUACAUUAUAUUUGAAGUACAGUAACAUUUUAUUGAACUGUAAAGUUGCAAAAGUGUUUGACAUUUCCAGCUUUGCUGACUUGUUACCCUCUGUGUUGCCUCGUGAAUAUAAGACCAAAAAUUGUACAAAAUGGAAAGACAAUUUUGCAAGUGAGUCUUGGCUUAAGAAUACAUGGCAUUUUAUCAGUGAAUCUGUGAGUAUGAAAGAAGAUCAGGAAGAAAUAAAACCAACAUUUGAUAUUGUUGUUGAUAUCCUAAAAGACUGGGCAUUGCUUCCAGGAAUAAAGUUUACUGUUUCAGCCAAUCAGCUUGUGGUUCCUGAAGGUGAUGUUCUGCUUCCUCUAAGCCUUAUGCACAUUGCAGUUUUUCCAAAUGCCCAGAGUGAUAAAGCUUUUCAUGCUCUGAUGAAAGCUGGCUGUAUUCAGCUUGCCUUGAACAAAAUCUGCUCCAAAGACAGUACAUUUGUUCCUUUGUUGUCACGUCACACAGCAAACAUAGAAAGCCCUACAAGCAUCUUAAAGGCUGUACAUUAUAUGGUCCAAACUUCAACAUUUAGAACCGAAAAAUUAGUAGAAAAUGACUUUGAAGCACUUUUGAUGUAUUUCAACUGCAAUUUGAGUCACUUGAUGUCCCAAGAUGAUGUAAAAAUUUUAAAGUCACUUCCAUGCUACAAAUCCAUCAGUGGCCGCUAUAUGAGCAUUGCAAAAUUUGGAACAUGCUAUGUACUUACAAAAAAUAUCCCUUCAGCUGAAGUGGAAAAAUGGACACAGUCAUCAUCAUCUGCAUUUCUUGAAGAAAAAGUACACUUAAAGGAUCUGUAUGAAGUGCUUGGUUGUGUACCUGUAGAUGAUCUUGAGGUAUAUUUGAAACACCUCUUACCAAAAAUUGAAAAUCUCUCUUUUGAUGCAAAAUUAGAGCACUUGAUUUAUCUUAAGAAUAGAUUAUCAAGUAUUGAGGAAUUGUCAGAGAUUAAGGAACAACUUUUUGAAAAACUGGAAAGUUUGUUGAUAAUCCAUGAUGCUAACAGUCGACUAAAGCAAGCAAAACAUUUUUAUGAUAGAACUGUGAGAGUUUUUGAAGUUAUGCUUCCUGAAAAGUUGUUUAUUCCUAAGGAUUUUUUUAAAAAAUUGGAACAACUUAUAAAACCAAAAAAUCACAUUGCAUUUAUGACAUCCUGGGUGGAAUUCUUAAGAAAUAUUGGACUAAAAUACAUACUUUCUCAGCAGCAGUUGUUACAAUUUGCUAAGGAAAUCAGUGUGAGAGCUAAUACAGAAAACUGGUCUAAAGAAACAUUGCAAAAUACAGUUGAUAUCCUUCUUCAUCAUAUAUUCCAAGAACGAAUGGAUUUGUUAUCUGGAAAUUUUCUGAAAGAACUGUCUUUAGUACCAUUCUUAUGUCCUGAGCGAGCCCCUGCUGAAUUCAUUAGAUUCCACCCUCAAUAUCAAGAAGUAAACGGAACACUUCCUCUUAUAAAGUUCAAUGGAGCACAGGUAAAUCCGAAAUUCAAGCAGUGUGAUGUGCUCCAGCUAUUAUGGACAUCCUGCCCUAUUCUUCCAGAGAAAGCCACACCCUUGAGUAUCAAAGAACAAGAAGGUAGUGACCUUGGUCCUCAGGAACAGCUUGAACAAGUUUUAAAUAUGCUUAAUGUUAACCUGGAUCCCCCUCUUGAUAAGGUCAUUAAUAACUUUCGAGACCUUGCACUUUACCUUCCAAGCCAGGACGGUAGGUUGGUAAAGUCAAGCAUCCUAGUGUUUGAUGAUGCACCACAUUAUAAAAGCAGAAUCCAGGGGAAUAUUGGUGUGCAGAUGUUGGUUGAUCUCAGCCAGUGCUACCUAGGGAAAGACCAUGGAUUUCACACUAAGUUGAUAAUGCUCUUUCCUCAAAAACUUAGACCUCGUUUAUUGAGCAGUAUACUUGAAGAACAGUUAGAUGAAGAGACUCCCAAAGUUUGUCAGUUUGGAGCGUUGUGUUCUCUUCAGGGAAGAUUGCAGUUACUCUUAUCUUCUGAACAGUUCAUUACGGGACUAAUUAGGAUUAUGAAGCAUGAAAAUGAUAACGCUUUCCUGGCCAAUGAAGAAAAAGCCGUAAGACUUUGCAAAGCCCUAAGAGAAGGCUUGAAAGUGUCCUGUUUUGAGAAGCUUCAAACAACGUUAAGAGUUAAAGGUUUUAAUCCUAUUCCCCACAGCAGAAGUGAAACUUUUGCUUUUUUGAAGAGAUUUGGUAAUGCAGUCAUCCUGCUGUACAUCCAACAUUCAGACAGUAAAGACAUUAAUUUCCUAUUAGCCUUAGCAAUGACACUUAAAUCAGCAACUGACAAUUUGAUUUCUGACACUUCAUAUUUAAUUGCUAUGCUAGGAUGCAAUGAUAUUUAUAGGAUCAGUGAGAAACUUGACAGUUUAGGAGUAAAAUAUGACUCUUCAGAACCAUCAAAGCUGGAACUUCCAAUGCCAGGCACACCAAUACCUUCUGAAAUUCAUUACACUCUGCUUAUGGACCCAAUGAAUGUUUUUUACCCAGGAGAAUAUGUUGGGUACCUUGUUGAUGCUGAAGGUGGUGAUAUCUAUGGAUCAUACCAGCCAACAUAUACAUAUGCAAUUAUUGUACAAGAAGUUGAAAGAGAAGAUGCUGACAAUUCUAGUUUUCUAGGAAAGAUAUAUCAGAUUGAUAUUGGUUAUAGUGAAUAUAAAAUAGUUAGCUCUCUUGAUCUGUAUAAGUUUUCAAGGCCUGAUGAAAGCUCUCAAAGCAGAGACAGUGCUCCUUCUACACCAACCAGCCCUACAGAGUUUCUUGCCCCUGGUCUGCGAAGCAUUCCUCCUCUUUUCUCUGGUAGAGACAGCCACAAGACUUCAUCUUUAAAACAUCAUUCCCCCAAAAAGCUUAAGGUUAAUUCUCUACCAGAAAUCUUAAAAGAAGUGACAUCAGUGGUGGAGCAAGCUUGGAAGCUUCCAGAAUCAGAACGAAAAAAGAUUAUUAGGCGGUUGUAUUUGAAAUGGCACCCUGACAAAAAUCCAGAGAAUCAUGACAUAGCUAAUGAAGUUUUUAAGCAUUUGCAAAAUGAAAUCAACAGAUUAGAAAAACAGGCUUUUCUAGAUCAAAAUGCAGACAGGGCCUCAAGACGAACAUUCUCAACCUCAACAUCCCGAUUUCAGUCUGACAAGUACUCGUUUCAAAGAUUUUAUACUUCGUGGAAUCAAGAAGCAACGAGCCAUAAAUCUGAAAGGCAACAACAAAAUAAAGAAAAAUGCCCUCCCUCAGCUGGACAAGCUUACUCUCAAAGGUUCUUUGUUCCUCCCACUUUCAAGUCAGUUGGUAAUCCAGUUGAAGCACGGAGAUGGUUAAGACAAGCCAGAGCAAAUUUUUCAGCUGCCAGAAAUGACCUUCAUAAAAAUGCCAAUGAAUGGGUGUGCUUUAAAUGUUACCUUUCUACCAAGUUAGCUUUGAUUGCAGCUGACUAUGCUGUGAGGGGAAAGUCUGAUAAAGAUGUAAAACCAACUGCACUUGCACAGAAAAUAGAGGAAUAUAGUCAGCAGCUUGAAGGACUGACAAAUGAUGUUCACACAUUGGAAGCUUAUGGUGUAGACAGUUUAAAAACAAGAUAUCCUGAUUUGCUUCCUUUCCCACAGAUCCCAAAUGACAGGUUCACUUCUGAGGUUGCUUUGAGGGUGAUGGAAUGUACUGCCUGUAUCAUAAUAAAACUUGAAAAUUUUAUACAACAAAAAGUGUGAAAGUAUUUAAAGA